AUGCGCCAAUGUGGAGAAAAAAUCUACGAGGAAGUUAAUGAUUCAGAUGAAAUUGCGGAUGAAGAACCAAUGCAGACCGAAAAUAAUGUUGGAGACGAAGACGAUGAUGGUCUUGAAGAUGUCGAAGAUCUACUAGAAACAGAAAGGCCUGUCGAAUCUAACAAUCAAGAAAUACAAUCAAAAAGACAGAAACUGAUGAAUAAGUGA